CGCGCAAAACCAUAGAGCCGAUACGUCGGGAGCGCGCAGCAGCAGCACCGCGGCGCGCAUGCACAGCUGUCAGCACCAAGGACAGCAGCCGCUCAGCUCAGCUCCGGAUUGACCAGCAAGAGACGCAUCGGAGGGGCUGAUCAGUCCGCACAAAGCGCACUGAGGAGCGGCUGCAGGGGGGGGGGCAGCGAUACACACCCCGAAGCCUGGAAGAUAGGACACAAUGCUUUUAACUAUUUUCUUGGUGGGGGAGGUGUGAGCGAUUCUGCAGAGGAGAGAGCAAAACAGAAAAAAAAAAAUGCGGUUCGGACAUCCCUGCAUGGUUGACAGCCCUGCACCCUAAUAUGUGCAUGCACAUUCCUCCGCAUUGCACAUAAAGCCUCCCUCCCUUUCGCUCUGCACGCCGCCCACCUGGAUCGUGUCUGCAUUGAACUGGCGGAGCCGCGCUGCUGUCCAGAAGAAGCUGCUGGUCGAGCGACCGGGCUGCUGCACGGCUCCUCUGCUGCUCGGUGUCGGUGUCGGUGGUCCACCACACGAUGCGUCUGUUUCUGCUGGCGGUGCUCCUCUCGUGCUCCUGCGCGCGGGCCGGCUGCGAGCCGAAGAUCGUGAACAUCGGGGCCGUGCUGAGCCAGAAGAGGUACGAGCAGGUCUUCAAGGAUGCCGUGACACAGGCCAACCAGGUCUACGGCAGGGACAAAUUCAAGCUGACCGCCAUCUCCGUAACGCACAAGCCCAACGCCAUCCAGAUGGCUCUGUCCGUCUGCGAGGACCUCAUCUCCAGUCAGGUCUAUGCUAUCCUGGUGAGUCACCCGCCCCAGUCCAAUGACCACCUCACUCCAACGCCUGUCUCAUACACUGCAGGCUUCUACCGCAUCCCCGUGGUGGGGCUCACCACCCGCAUGUCCAUCUACUCAGACAAGAGUAUCCACCUGUCCUUUCUGCGGACAGUCCCUCCUUACUCCCACCAGGCGCACGUAUGGUUCGACCUGAUGCGCGAGUUCAACUGGAACCACAUCAUCUUGAUAGUGAGUGAUGACCACGAGGGGCGGGCUGCUCAGAAGAGGCUCGAGACCCUCUUGGAGGAGAGAGAAACAAAGAAUAAAAAAAGGAACUAUGAAAACCUCGACCAACUGUCCUAUGACAACAAGCGAGGACCUAAGGCAGAGAAAGUCCUCCAGUUCAGCCAGGAGACUAACUUAACUGCCCUGCUGCUGGAGGCGAAAGAGCUGGAGGCCCGAGUCAUCAUCCUAUCCGCCAGUGAGGAGGACGCUGCUGCAGUGUACAAGGCUGCCCGCUUCCUCAACAUGACGGGCUCGGGGUACGUGUGGCUGGUGGGAGAGCGGGAGAUGUCGGGUAAAGCCCUGAGCGAGGCACCAGACGGUCUGAUCGGCCUCCAGCUCAUCAACGGGAAGAAUGAGUCAGCCCAUAUCAACGAUGCGGUGGCCGUGGUGGCUCAGUCCAUCCAGGAGCUCUUUGAGAAGGAGAAUAUCACAGAACCCCCGAGAGGAUGUGUGGGCAACACCAACAUCUGGAAAACAGGGCCGCUCUUUAAACGGGUGCUGAUGUCAUCUAAAUACCCAGAGGGCCUCACAGGACGCGUGGAGUUCAAUGACGACGGAGACAGGAAGUACGCCCAUUACAGUAUACUCAACUACCAGAAGAGUCGACUCAUUCAAGUCGGUGUAUACAAUGGAACACAGGUGGUAAUGAACAAUCAGCGGAAGAUCAUCUGGCCGGGAGGAGAGACUGAGAAACCACAGGGCUUCCAGAUGUCCACUCGAUUAAAGAUAGUGACGAUACACCAGGAGCCAUUUGUGUACGUGAAACCCACUCAGCCGGAUGGAACAUGCCACGAGGAAAUGACAUUAAAUGGAGUCUUAAUAAAAAAGGUUAUCUGCACUGGCCCCAAUGAGACCAUCCCAGGUAACCUAUCAGGACGCCCAAUUGUGCCCCAAUGUUGCUACGGAUUCUGCGUUGAUCUCCUCAUCAAGUUGGCUAUGACCAUGAACUUCACCUACGAGGUGCACCUGGUGGCUGAUGGGAAGUUUGGGACUCAGGAGCGGGUGAACAACAGUAACAAGAAAGAGUGGAAUGGCAUGAUGGGAGAGCUCCUGGGGGGCCUGGCAGACAUGAUUGUAGCCCCGCUGACUAUAAACAACGAACGAGCCCAGUACAUCGAAUUCUCCAAGCCCUUUAAAUAUCAAGGCCUCACCAUCCUUGUUAAAAAGGAAAUCCCUCGCAGUACACUGGACUCGUUCAUGCAGCCGUUCCAGAGCACGCUGUGGCUGCUGGUGGGUCUAUCGGUGCAUGUGGUGGCGGUGAUGCUUUACCUACUAGACCGGUUCAGCCCGUUUGGAAGAUUUAAAGUAAACAGUGAAGAAGAAGAAGAAGAUGCCCUCACCUUAUCAUCUGCUAUGUGGUUCUCCUGGGGAGUGUUGCUGAACUCUGGAAUAGGGGAAGGUGCGCCACGCAGCUUCUCAGCGAGAAUCCUGGGCAUGGUGUGGGCCGGAUUUGCCAUGAUAAUUGUGGCUUCCUAUACUGCCAACCUGGCUGCCUUCCUUGUGUUGGACCGGCCUGAGGAGCGCAUCACCGGCAUCAAUGACCCAAGGCUGAGAAACCCAUCGGACAAGUUCAUCUACGCCACGGUGAAGCAGAGCUCCGUGGACAUCUACUUCCGGCGGCAGGUGGAGCUUAGCACCAUGUACCGCCACAUGGAGAAGCACAACUAUGAGAGUGCCGCCGAGGCCAUCCAGGCCGUGCGUGACAACAAGCUGCAUGCUUUCAUCUGGGACUCUGCGGUGCUGGAGUUUGAAGCUUCGCAGAAGUGCGACCUGGUGACCACGGGAGAGCUGUUUUUCCGUUCGGGCUUUGGCAUAGGCAUGCGCAAGGACAGCCCCUGGAAACAGAAUGUGUCCCUGGCCAUUCUCAGUUCUCAUGAGAAUGGCUUCAUGGAAGACCUAGAUAAAACCUGGGUGAGAUACCAGGAGUGUGACUCAAGGAGCAAUGCCCCAGCCACACUCACCUUUGAAAACAUGGCAGGGGUCUUCAUGCUGGUGGCAGGAGGAAUAGCAGCAGGGAUCUUCCUAAUCUUCAUUGAAAUCGCCUAUAAGCGCCAUAAAGACGCCCGCAGGAAGCAGAUGCAGCUCGCCUUUGCGGCGGUCAAUGUUUGGAGGAAGAACCUGCAGGACAGUAAGGAGGUGUCUGGAAGUGAAGCGGUGGCCGGGACCCCCUCAUUACCCUCUUCCUCUCUAGAGACUCAGGAUGAUAGGAAAAGUGGUAGAGCAGAGCCCGACCCCAAAAAGAAAGCCUCUUUUAGGUCCAUCAGUACCACCCUGGCCUCCAGCAUCAAGAGACGUAGGUCCUCCAAAGACACGCAGUACCCACCCACUGACAUCACGGGCCAGCUAAACUUGUCUGACCCGUCUGUCAGUACUGUGGUGUAGAGAGAGAGGGAGGCACCGAGGUCCACUCCCGGAGGAGAGAGGAAACGAGACGAGGGGGAAUAAAAGGAGAGGAGGAAGUGGAGGAGGAGAGGUGACGGAGAACCCAUCUCCUCGCUCACUUCGCCGUCGAAGCCGAAGCUUUCAUUUCACCGCCUGUCGACGGAGCAUUUCGAGGAAACUGCUUUGCAGCAGAAGUGUCUGAAAGCACUGAACUUGCACAUUUUUUUUCAAAGUCAGGAUUACCUGGCGUUAGAUGUUUGUAGGGUCCCUGAGCAUGCACAGAAGAAACCCAUCUGACUCACAUAUACAACCUUUUCCUUCUGUAUAUUAUUAGCAAACUUAUUUAACCUUGUUUUAGUCAUUUUACUCACAGAAAUUUACUUAAUGUGUUGAUGUUAACUACUUUAAAAACUCUUUACCAGCUGUAUAAGUUUAGCAAGCCAGGUUUAGUUUAGUUAAGUUUAUGGAUAAACCAGUUUUGGUGCAAGCACUGUACUAAACAUAUCACUUCCAAUUAGGAGAUACCAUAAUAAUAUCUAGUUUUUCUUAACAUAUACCGCAAUACAAGACGUACUGUAAGCUUCAGUGGAUAUCAAGUAUUUUUUAAUGGGAACUACCUGUUUUUAUCUACACUUUAAAAGGUUUUUAGAAGAUGUUUCUUUCAUUGAGAAGCACCAAUAAUGGCACUAAUGAUGACUAAUCUUGUCUACCAGUGAAGAUGGUGUGUGUGCUUGUAUAAGAGCUUUAUGUAUCUGAAUGAUGAAGCUGAUAUUAUUUUGAAGGCUAUAUACCAGAUUCUGUAGUAGAUAAAUUGUAUAUUUUCCCCUUUAAUUUUGUACUAAUCUGCCAAAAGCAUGUUUUUUUUAUUUUUAGUAAGAACUCAGUUUCUUAAAGUAAAUCUGUUAAGCUUUACUACUAUUUAUAGCAAGAGAUAAGCAGGUGAAUAUAUGAAAUCCCAGGUUCAUUUGCAGUCUGAUGAAACAGUUAAGUGAGGCUGGUGUUUGUUACGUCCAAAGACACUCAUCCGUGAGCCAUGUUGCUUUUGGGGACGCCCUCUUCUCUUCCUCUCUCCUGCAGCAGUCUUUCUCAUUUCCAGUCUACUCGGGGUUGCAUCAAAGGGCCAGGUUUUUCACCCAACCAGCAUUCGGGUCUUUCGCGCAAAACUUACUCCCCGCCGCAGCGCUGGAGAGCUUUUGCACGAAGGAGACCCGAGUGAAUUGAAAGCGCAGUCUUGGUUAGCUGCAAAAACAGGCCGUUUCCCAUUUUCUGGAGAUGAGAAACCACUGCUGUUUGUUGAAAAGACUAUCACACCGUGUCUGGUCUCUGGCACUGCAUAGCACUUUAUGCUGAGGCGUCUCCUAAACUGUAAAAUAAAGAUAUUGAUUUAAGAAACUAGAACAGAACCACUAUAACAUCAGUCAGACAUAUUAACUUCUCCACUUUCAUAAAUCUCUUCUUUUUUUUUUUUUCAUUUACUGAGCAGUAUGUACAACGUCUUUGAUGACACUUUAAAACAGAAUUUGGUUUCUAAACUUGAACCGAGAGUUUGCUUCUGAUCAUGUUCUCAUUCCGGCCUAUGCAUGCUAAUACGUGUUACUGUCAGUGCUUCAGUUUGUUUCUGGAUGCGUGUUGUUGCUGUGUACAGUCAGCUGAGCUGGGAGGAGCACUGAAGUUGAAUAAGCUGUAAAUAGAGUCUGGUUCAGUGUGGAAAGGGUUGAGGAGAUUGUACUGCUUGUAUUACGACUGCAGCCGAGAAUGUCUAGUUACACAUACACACACACAAACAACAGUUGUGAUACACAGGCAUGCAUCAACAUGCACACACACACACCCACAUCUACACACACACACACACGCACACACGCACACACACACACCCACACAAACACACCCACACAAAAACACAACCCCUUAAGGGAAGAAUCACUUGUUUUUCUUACCUUUUUGAGUAAAGAUCUUGCAUUGAAUCAUCUUGUUUAUACAACUGUAAAUAAAAUAUACUUGCAUUGCCAAGUCUAACCAA